AUGAAGGCGACGAGGUUGAUGGGCGCUGGUGGCCGGGCGACGGCAGGGCGUGCGGCGACUGUGGCGGUCACCCCUUGCUGGGGCAGUGGCGGCCAUAACCAAUGGCGGCGAUCAGCGCUCGCCACAACCGCUACCGCCACCACCUCGCGCGUGUCCCUCGAGAAGUCGACCAGCCACCAGGGCGUCGCCUUCCUCACCCUCACCAACGCGAGGGAGAGGAACGCGCUGUCGGUCGAGGCCCUCGAGGAGCUCAAGGCCACGCUGGCCGACGUCGAGUCGCACCGCAGCUUCGGCGACGUCCGUGUAGUGGUCCUGCGCGCCCAGGGUCCGGUCUUCAGCGCGGGCCACAACGUCAAAGAAAUGCGCGGCUCUGAGCGCGACCCGGCCUACUUUGCGCGCUGCUUCGCGCUGUGCUCGGAGGUCAUGCAGGCCGUGCGCGGGCUGCGCGUACCGGUCAUCGCCCAGGUCGACGGCCUGGCCACGGCUGCCGGCGCCCAGCUCGUCGCCAGCUGCGACCUGGUCGUCGCCUCCGAAGACUCGCACUUUGCCACGCCCGGUGUGAAGAUAGGGCUGUUCUGCACGACGCCGGCGGUGGCGCUCGGUCGCGCGAUCAACUCGGAGAAGAAGAUGAUGGAGAUGCUCCUCACGGGCGAGCCCAUCACCGCCCAGGAGGCCCACACCUAUGGGCUCGUGAACAAGGUGGUGCCCAAGGCGCAGAUCGAAGAGGCGACACUCGAGCUGGCGAAGAAGAUCGUGUCCUAUUCGCCGUCGGUGAUCGGCCUGGGCAAGAAGGCCUUCUACCAGCAGAUGGCCCAACCCGACAUCAGCCAGGCGUACAAGUUCGCCGAGGGCGUGAUGUGCGCGAACGCUGUGGCCGAAGACGCCUACGAGGGCAUGAGCGCCUUCGUAGAGAAGAGAAAGCCCACGUGGAAGCCCACGCACUGA